AUGAGCUUCGACAGAGGCGGCCGGAGGGACACCGCCGCCCAGGCCCUGCAGGAGGCGCAGCAGGAGCGCCGGCGGGUGGAGAAGGAGAGCCAGGAGCGUCGGGAGGAGGGCCUGGGGUGGAGGGAGAAGCACCAGGGGCUGGCUGACGUCCUCAGGGCCCAGGAGGACCUGAAGGCCCAGCGGCAGAACAAAGCAUGCCAAGCCAACAUUAAGAGCUACUUCCUCUGCAUGACCGAGAGCGACCAGCGGGUCAAGAUUCUGAAGAACCCCAACGGCAGCACAAGGAAUUUCACGGAAGGUGACCCCGUGUACAUCUCAACUCCUGAACCCAAUCCAGAGGAUGCAGACCGAAGCCCUUCCAGAACCAUGUUGAGGGUGUCUGCCCCCCAGCAGGGGAGGGACCCCGGGCCCCCCCACUUCGGCGACCUGCCCGUCAUGGGAGGAGAGAGGCCCGACUCGGCCCCCCCACGACGGGGCAGGAAGGUCGUGGAAUACUUCUGGAUCCCAACGGACGAGGAGUGAUGCGGACCAGACCGCCCCUCCCUGGUCCAUGGGCCGGAGCCACUCUGGGGUAGCGGGCCGUUGUAGAACAGUGACAUGUGGACAGGGGAGAACCUUUGACACCGAGUGAGGAUAACGAGGCACAGUGCGACUUAAAAGUGUACUUUUGACGAGGAUGCGUCAUGACAAAGUCGGAAUGAAACAUCAGUACAGACCACGGAAACACCGGUCAGUGUUUAGGAUUGUUAGAAGAGUAAGUAACUAGUUACCAUUUACUCAUUGGUAGGCUUUUAUCAAAAGUGACUUGAGAUACAGGUCAUUGAAAGGUAAAACUGGUUUGGUUUGUAUCGACUCCCUCUAUUGGUUGAACGUGGUUGGGUGGUUUGGUUCCUGUUGAAUAAUCCAUCACUUUUCCUGAGUACGUCGUAUCAGAUGGUGACCUUUUUAUGCUGGAUAGCAUUGUUAUGAAAAUACAUAAAAGUUGCAUGACCCAUUUAAGAUGAGCGACAGGAGAAAUAAAGAGAAGGGAAAAGGUUAUGGUGCUCAUGUAAGGGACUUUAUUGAUAUUAAAGCAGUAGAAAUGUACAGUUCUUAUGAACACCCCACAACAUGAUCCAAACCCACAAGCAUGGCUGGUGAGAACGCUUGCAAACUAUUCGGGGGCAAAGUCGACAUCUCAUGAUUUAGCAAAUUUUCCGCCGUUUCUCUUUCCGAGAAGGGGAAUGUCAAAUAAAUUAAUUGAUCAGAUCGUUGGUUCAUUUUAUGAUUGCCAAUAAAAUAAAUAAAAAGGGAAAUACAAAUUCAUAAUUAUUUCAUGUUUCCAUUUGAACAGAAAUACCAGGAGGCCACAUUCACAUGGUCACUUAAAAAGAAAAAUAUGUUUUCAGGAAGAGGUUCUGUGCGAGAGGUUCACGGCCGACGCAG